AUGCCUGUAUUUAACAAGAGAAACAGGCUCUUAAAUGUAAUUUUUCUUUUCUCUUCUACCACCUCUCUCUCUCCUCAUCUCUCCAUCUUCCUUUCUCCUCCUUUCUCUCUCUAUCUCCCUUUAUUUCCCUCUCUAUAUCUCUUUUUCACCUUCUUAUUCCAAUGUCUUCCAGUUGCUGAUUCCGUUUUCUACAUCCCAUGUUUUCCGUAUUCCCUUUUCUACAUUCCACGUUUUCCGUAUUCCCUUUUCUACAUUCCACGUUUUCCGUAUUCCCUUUUCUCCAUCCCACGUUUUCCGUAUUCCCUUUUCUCCAUCCCACGUUUUCCGUAUUCCCUUUUCUCCAUCCCACGUUUUCCGUAUUCCCUUUUCUCCAUCCCACGUUUUCCGUAUUCCCUUUUCUCCAUCCCACGUUUUCCAGAUUCUCUUUUCCCACGUUUCCGUAUUCCCUUUUCUCCAUCCCACGUUUUCCAGAUUCCCUUUUCUCCAUUCCACGUUUUCCAGAUUCCCUUUUCUACAUCCCACGUUUUCCAGAUUCCCUUUUCUAUACCUCACGUUCCCCGUAACAUGAUGGAAUGGUGUCUUCCUGAAGAGACGGACUUGGAUGGUGUAGAAUUCAAGGCAAUGGCCAGUGGAUCUCACACAUUGAUGAGAGAUUUUGUGUAUUUCAGAAAAGACUCCCUUUAUGGUCUUGCCUGCUUUGAGAAUAUGCCGGUGGAAAGUGAAAUUGAACGUGGUGCCCGAAUGAAGUCUGUUGGUAUUCUCUCUCCUUCUUACAUUUCCCUCUAUAGACACAUGCAGUUCCUUGAAUCUCAAGUUCGACAUCAACUCCAAACGCCAGGUAAAUAUGACCAGCUUCAGGCUUUUUACAAUGACAAGAAAGGUUUAUUGCCGAGUUGUAAUGAAAAUUUAAGAAGGGUAGCUUCAGAUUCAGAUGGGACGACGACCACUUCUUCAGCACCGAAACCAAAUGAGUCCUGGUCAGUUUCAUCCACGCCAAAUCAUGAAAUUUUACCAGAAUUGAAGAUAACUCAUCCUGCUGGUUGCUUUUCACAGUUCAUCAAAUUCUUUGGUGAACAUAUUUUCAUUCUUUGGAAAUACAUUCUCUUACAGAAAAGGAUUUUGUUCUUUUCUCCUCCACCAAUAGGCGUAGUUUGCUAUCGAGUUUAUUGUGCAUGUUGCCUUGGUAACCAUGAUAUGAGGGGUCUAGUGAAUCAGGAAGUAACUCCCCAUUUUUAUAUAAAUAUAGCAGAUAUUGAAGCAUUAGAGACAGAAGUUGCAUACAUUGCUUGUACAACAGAGAAAAUCUUUGAAAGUAAAACCCACCUGUUUGAUGUUUAUGUAAAUAAUCAAAAUGUAACUACAAAUUCACCUGUGCUAAAAGAAUUACUCAAAGUCAGUGAUGCUGACAGAGACAAAUUUACGAAACUUAAUAACCAAAGGUCAGUUUCUUUUUUCUUUUCUUUCUUUUUUCUUCCUGUUUCUUUUUUCUUCCUGUUUCUUUUUUUUUCUUCCUGUUUCUUUUUUUUUCUUCCUGUUUCUUUUUUUUUUUUCUUUCUUUCUGUUUCUUUCUCUCCGUCUUUUUUCUUUUUUUUUUUGAUUGUGCUACUUACAUCACUCUUUGUUGUUUUUCAUAAAUCUGCUAAUUUGUUUUCAAUGGAAGAACAAAAUAAACAAACGAUGGAUGAGGAAGAGCUAUUCACGACAUUUUUUGCAGAGCAAAAUAACCGAUUAUUCCAAACUUUAUUGGAUGUGUCAUCAUCCCAGGACCGACAACUGACCUCAGACCACAUGAAGCUGAUGGGGCUGGACCCUAUUGGAGAUCGUGUCUUUCUCAUGGAAUUAGUUGAACACUAUGGUAUUGAUGUUGUUCUCAUGGUCGAUAAUCCUUGUUGUCCUAAGUAA